AAGCUCCUCCCUCCCCUCGCCCCUCCAUUUCUCACUCCCGCUGCCUCCCCUUUCCACACGCCAGCACGGCAGCCCGUAUUGGGGGAUUCAGAUUAGGUGGCACCACCAGCUCUCGGAUCUGACGGACCUUGCGCGUUGUUCUCCGUACUUGUUCCUGUGCGCGCCGUGUUCCGCGGGCGGCGGCAAGUUGCGGGCAGAGAUUUUUAGAGCUGCUUUCGCUCCGUGGGAUUGAUCGAAUUAGCUUGUCACUUUCGCGGCGCAAAGUGAGGAGGAAUCGAGUGCCGUGCGGUCACGCACAGUAGCACGAGGGGCCACAAGGGGCGGGAGGGCGAUCGUGUGGUUGGGCGGGGCGGGCAGCAUGUCGGGCGCGUCGGUGACGAUGAACGUGAUGCUGGCGGUGCACUGCAAGCGCGCCGUGCCGCUGGACCUGCAUCGCCCGCUCAAGGCGUACAUCCGCUCGCACUACUCCGACCGCCACGCCACCGACGCCGACGACGACCUGCAGUUGGUGCAGGCGUGGCGGCGCGAGAUAGAGAAGGGCAGCAGCGAGUCGUUGGAGGCGCGGCGCGACGUGCUGCUCAAGUACAUGCGCGCGCUGACCGUGAUGACGUCGCGCUUCCCCAUCGCGCCCGAGACGCCGCACCUCAACCAGCUCGCCUUCACGUGGUUCGACGCCUUCGCCAGCUCCAAGAAGGCGUCGCAGACGAACAUCCACUUCGAGCGCGCGGCCAUCGCGUUCAACAUCGCCGCCACGCUCUCGCAGAUGGCCCUGGCGGCGGACCGCUCCACGGCCGCCGGCCUCAAGGCGGCGUGCAACGCCUUCCAGGCGGCGGCGGGCGCGUUCGCGCACCUGCGCGACCACAUCAGCGGCAAGGCGCUGGCGGGCGGCGGCACGUGCACGACGGACAUCGCGGGCGAGACGGCGGGCAUGCUGGAGCGGCUGAUGCUGGGGCAGGCGCAGGAGUGCUUCUACGAGAAGGCGCUCGGCGAGGGCAAACCCAACCAGAUCUGCGCGCGCAUCGCGCAGCAGGUGGCGCUCUUCUACGAGGAGGCGCACGCGGCGCUGCUGCUGCCGCCGCUGUCGGCGCACUUCGACCGGCAGUGGGUGGCCAACGUGCUCUUCAAGGCGCGCCACUUCCACGCCGAGGCGCUCUACCGCGCCGCGCUGGACCUGCACGCGAAGGAGGAGGUGGCGGAGGAGAUCGCGCGGCUGACGCACGCCAAGGCGCUGCUGGCGGAGGCGCGCAAGGGCAGCAAGGGCGUGAUGCAGCCGCUGGUGGACGCCGUCAUCAAGCUCGAGGGGCACGUGCUGGCCAACCUCGCCAAGGCCGAGGCGGAGAACGACCGCGUCUACCUCUACCGCGUGCCCGCCUACGCCUCCCUGCCGCCCAUCGCCGCCGCCGCGCUCGUCGCCGCCACGCCGCUUGCGCCCCUGCUGGACGCGACGGGCGAGCGGCUGCUGGCCGGGCUGGUGCCGGACGGCAGCGCCAAGGAGCUGUCGCGGUACACUGACAUGGUCGACGGCAUCAUCCGCACGCAGGUGGAGCGCAUGGAGCGCGAGAGCGAGGAGGCGAAGGCGCGCCUGCGCGAGCUGGGGCUGCCGGACGUGCUGCUGGCGCUGGACGGCGACCUCGCACCCUUCGUGCCCGCCAAGCUGCGCGACGACGUGGAGGCCGUGCACGUGAGCGGCGGGCCCGCGGGGCUGCCGGCGGAGAUGGCGCAGCUGCAGGACCUGCGGCGCGUGAACGAGGAGCUGCUCGUGGCCGCGGAGGAGACGCUGCAGCUCGAGAGCGCGGACGACGCCGCGCUCAGGGCGCAGUUCGGCACGCGGUGGGCGCGGCCGCAGAGCAGCACGCUGACCAAGAGCCUCAAGGAGCGCGCGACGGCGUUCGCAGGGAACCUGAAGCAGGCGAAGGAGAGCGACGUGCGCAUCGAGAGGGACCUCCGCGACUGCUCCGACAUGCUCGGCGCGCUGGGGCACAGCAAGGUGGAGGACGCCUUGCCGCGCAUCUCUCGCCCCAUCGUGGCGGUGCAUGGCGAUGACCACGCCCUCGUCGCCACCAUCCGACAACUCCUCGCGGAGCUGGAGCGCGUGGGGGCGCAGCGCGCGGGGGUGGAGGAGGGGCUGCGGGAGAUGAAGGCACGCGACAACAUCCUGGCGCAGCUCAUGAACGCGCCCGGCUCGCAGGACGAGCUGUUCAAGCGCGAGGUCGCCAAGUACGACCCGCUGUGCCAGCAGGUGGACGCCAACAUCGCCCAGCAGCGCAAGGCCAUGCAGCAGCUCGAGGCGCAGUACCAGCUAUUCUCGCAGACAUUCAACAUCCCUGAGUGGAAAGCGGAGGUGGCGCGGAGUGUGAAGCGCAUGGAGGCGGCGGUGAGCAAGUACCAGGAGCUGCGCGCCAACAUCAACGAGGGGCUCAAGUUCUACGUCGCCCUGCAGGAUGCGAUAACGGCGCUGAAGCAGCAGUGCAGCGACUUUGUGAUGACGCGCAGCAUGCAGAAGGCGGACCUCAUCGCCGACCUGCAGCGCCACCUCACCGGCCUCUCCCUGCGUGACCAAGCCCCCCCACCCGCCACUGCCCCGCCACGGGCAGCAGCGCCCCCAGCACAAGCAGCAGCGGUAGCAGGGGGAAGAGCCCCGGAGCCAUACCCAGGGCCACAGGCAGCAGCGCAGGGCCAGGGCCGGCCCGUGAGCCCCAAGGGAGGAGGCGGGCCUCUGCAGUUCCUGCAGCAGCACCUGCCAUUCUUCAACAACCAGAACCCGCAGCACCCGCCGCCUCUGCAGCAACCUGCCGCCACUGCAGCGCCUUAUGCGGCCCCUGCCAUGCAAGCCCCACAGCAUGCAGUGCCACCACCACAGCAGCAGCAGCAACCACCACAGCAGCAAAUGGGUUACUACAGCCAAGCAGCACCCCCCCCUGCUGGCGCUGCCCCCGCCCCUUACUACAUGCCGCCACCACAGCAGCAGGCAGCAGCGCCGCAUGGCGGCUAUUAUUCAUCCGGACAGCCCGCCCCGGUGUAUGGGCAGGCAGCAGCGCAGCAGGGGGGGCAGGGGCAGUGGAGUGGCGGGUACCAUCCCCAGGCAUAUGGCUCCCAUCCCCCGCAGGCCAUGCCCCCCCCUAACCCAUACCAGUACCCUCCUGGGGGAUACUGAUGCCGCCUCGCUUCUCGCUUUCGCCCCCUUUCCUUCUCACCCUCCCUCCCCUAGUGGCAUCCCCUUUUUGCCAGCCACCCGCCCGCCCUUCCUAUCCUCCCUGGUGCCUUAUAUUUUCCUCCCCGUCCUGCCUGCGUGUGUCAGCUCUGUCACUGCCUCUCCCUCGCGCAUGAGCUGCAGCAUGCCAUACGCUGUGCUCUCUGCCAAUGAACGAGUCAGUGCGUUGCUGUAACUGCACGCAUUUGCCUCCAAUUGUAAUUAGGGUGCUAGGUUGUAGUGGGAUUUUUAAACUGUUGUGCUUGCAUCACCAACAUGCUUAAAUACUAAACGUGAA